AUGCUCUCCUUACAAACACAGUACUGGGCAGUCAGGGACUAUCUUUCACCCGUGCUGCGCGAGAGCAAAUUCAAGGAGCAUGGUAGAAUCACGCCAGAGGAAUUUGUCGCUGCCGGUGAUUUCCUUACCGACAAGUUCCCGACCUGGCAAUGGGAGAAAGGAGAUGCUUCUCGCGCAAGAGAUUUCUUGCCGACAGAUAAGCAAUAUCUCAUCACCCGAAACGUCCCAUGCCUUCGACGAGCUAUGGCCGUCAACUAUACCGACGCCGAUGAGGACGCCGAGAAGCUGAUGAGCUUCCUGGACGAGGCGGACGAAGCACCUGGACCAGACGGAAAACCAAGAUCAGGAGAGGACGACUGGGUAGCUACCCAUAUCGGACGAGCAUCGCAGACCGACCCAACUAUCAAUGACAUUCCCGACAUGUCUGACUCUCCAUCAGCACCGGCGGCUGCCGAUCCAUCAGGCGCUAUCGCCAAUCUCAGGCUCGAUGAUCGGGGAGACGAGGUCAAGGAGGAGAUCAUCCCUGAUAUGGACGAUAUCCCAGAUAUGGAGGAUGAGGGUGCGGGAUUGGAAGAGGAGGAUGACGCUGCAGUCAGGAUUGUGCACCCGAGCGCAUCUGACAUCAAGUCUACUGCUGGCCAGAAUCUGCUGCAGGUCCGGACAUACGACUGCUUCAUCAGCUACGAUAAGCACUAUCAGACCCCUCGGUUCUGGUUAUUCGGCUAUGACGAGAACAAGUCACCCCUCACGACCACCCAAGUCUUCGAGGACGUCCCCUCCGACCACGCGUUUAAGACGAUGACGAUGGAGCCCUUCCCUCAUUCGGGCCAACAACUCGCUAGUGUCCACCCGUGCAAGCACGCCAGCGUCAUGAAGAAGUUUAUCGAUAGGAUGGACGAGCAUCAGAAGGAAGGCUCAGGAUCAGCAGCUGGUCAGCCGGCGGGAAGUACGCCGGGGAAGAGGGGCUCGGCGGGCGGACGAUGGGGUCUGGGAGGGAUGGUGCGGAAGGUGACGGGUGGGAGCGGGGUGAAGAAGGAGGAAGGAAAGGAGAAGGAGGUUGAGGCAGAGGGAGAAGGGGAGGUCAGGGGGUUGCAGGUGGACUUUUACCUCGUGAUUUUCUUGAAGUUCAUUGCUAGUAUAGUACCUACUAUCGAGGUCGACAGUACAACCGCAACGACUCUCUAA